AUGUUGAUGGAUGUUGAUUUUGACGAUGAUACGCCUAACCGAUGCACCACACUCGUCUACUAUGCGUGGAAGAUUUUCACGUGCUUGUUCCUGCACGUGUUACUUGUCACCAUGGUCGUGCUGUAUUGUUUGCUCGGAGCCUUUGCUUUCGAACGUCUAGAAUCAGCGAACGAAAUUGAAGUGAAGAAUAGUAUUCGUGUCAUGAGGAUGAAUGUAACUACGGAUCUUUGGAAAUACACCAAAAAUUCAUUGGUUCUCCAACAAGAUAAUUUUACUACAAACGUAACAGCCCGGUUGCAGAAAUUUGAAGACGAUUUGAUAUAUGCAAUUAAACGUAAAGGUUGGGAUGGCGAAGAAGACACUAAAAUACAACAAUGGACCUUUACUGGGGCUUUAUUUUACUCAAUAAUUGUCAUCACAACUAUUGGUGAGUACGCAUGGAUAUAA